AAUAUCGGAAUUUCAUUAACUUACGAAUAAGAUACUGGUGGGCCAACAGUUGGAUGCGAUAGAUCUUGGCCGGCUGCUGGAAACGGAGGAUUAUGUCGUGUGAGGUUCCACGUUCUCUGUUUUGUAUUUAAGCGAUGGCGAGCAUGUUGCUAGCUUAGUCGUCACUCAGCCGCCCAGUAUCUGAUAGUACAAAUACCUACGGUAUCUUAUAGUGUAAAUAACUGACUUAAAGUCAAUUAAUCGAGGAGAGAAAAGAACGCAAAAUGCCGGAGGGAUACACGAAAGCCACUGCCUGGCUGCAAAUCCAGAGCCUGCUGAAUAGCAUUAACCACAUGCUGAUCUUCCUGGUGGCCGCCUUCUUUUUCGUCCUGGCCCGCAGCCUGGAGUUCAAGGAUACGGCCAUGCAUAUGUUCAUGACGGGCAUUGGAUUCCACGUCCUUAUCGCCCAGGCCAUGAUGUCACACUCCAAAGUGAACCCGCUCACCCGCUGGCUGUCGCACCGCAACAAGUCGCGCUUCCACGCCAUCCUGCAAAUCGUGGGCGGCUCCAUGGUCCUGCUGGGCUCCCUGGGCAAGUUUUCCAGCAAGGAGGUGCACUUUAACACCUGGCACGGCCGCGUGGGAGGAGCUGCUGCCUUUGGCUGUGCAGCCAGCAUUGUGGGUGGUUUCGUGAACUAUUUCCAGCCCAAGUUCGCCCUGAAAGUGAUGCCGCCGUCGGAGAUGCGCUUCCGCCACAACCUCUUCGGCCUGGUCACCUUCAGUCUGGGCAUGGGAGCCAUCUACCUGGGCUACUACUCCAAGUUCUUCACCAAGUUCGUGGACAAUGACUUUAUACCCGGCAUGAUGCUGGUCACCUCGCUGGUCUAUGUGCUCACCAUCAUUGCGCCGGUGUCAUCGCUCCUCACUAAACUUAAAUACCGAUCCAGGAAGAGGGCGGAACAGACCCAGUAGGCGAUGCUGGAGAGGAUGAGGCUGUGGCCAGUGAGGCUAACCGGAAAGUGUCAGGUCCUAGCAUACAAAAAUAAAGAGUUUGGCUUCCAGCCAAAUUGAAAUAUGCA